AUGUUUCACACUGUGGAGCAUGAGGCAAUGAGAAAAACACAAAAUAGUGGUGUCACAUUAACUGCUUUAACUUCAAGCUUUGCAAGUGCUAAAGAUAAAAGUCCAAUUCAAGACACUGUAGCUUAUUAUGGCAGGUUAUUUGAGAUCGUAGAGUUAGAUUAUUUUGGGCGUUUUAAGGUUGUAUUGUUUCAGUGUGAGUGGUAUGAUGCUGGGAAAGACAAUGAACAACACGAGCAUAUAACAAGUCCUGCCAUACCAGCUGAUGAUGGUGAACUUAUUCUGGAGAGGAAUGAUCUACGACCUACAGUAAUUGAAACGGUUCCCCAAGUGACUUCUGCCCAAGAAUAUGAGGCAGAUUUCAUUGGAGAUUCUGAUUCUGAUGGGAAUAAAGAAUUUAUUGAUCUUAAAGCAACAUCAAGUAAGAAUUUGCUUCAACAAUUUGAAGCCAAGAGACAAAAGAUUGUAAAUGAACGCAAGCAAUAUGUGAUGCAAGGUGCAGCACGUAAUGACAAGGAGGAAACUAUGCCAAGGUUGGAUGUAGUCGAAAGUCAAAAAGAUUUGAGUGCAACCAAAGGGGUGAAGAAAUAUGUAGAAAUUGACGGACUAAGCUCUGAACUAAGUGAUGAUGUGGGAGAUAGCUUUUCACUUGAUGAAAAUUAUUAUUCACAUGUGAUGGAGGACAUUAAUGAUGACCAAGGAGAGCCAAAGAAGAAGAAAAACCGGGGAAAAACAACUUGUAAAGAGAUUUAUGCAAGAACUAUGGAACAACGGGAAGAAGUUUUUUUUGAUAUUGGACAGCCAGUAGGACCAACCGAUCAAAGUGUGUCUAAUUUAACUAGUUUCGUAGGCACAAUUGGUAGAAAUAAAAGAUUUGUGAGUCUUUUGUACACUAGCUGGCAUGCUGUAACUCCUAAAGCUAAGAAAUUCAUGUGGAACUAUGUUAAUGAAGGUGCGUAUAACACUGUUGAUAUCAUGCAGACCAAGUUUAUCCUCCUAGAUAGUGGAGAAAAGUGGGUGAUCCAAGAAAUUCGGGAUGCUUGGAAGCGGUUCAAGGGAAAGAUUAAGCAGAAGCACUUUGUUCCCUUUGAUACCAUCGAAGAUAUGUCAAUAAGUGAAAAAAACAAGAAACAUAAAGAACAGCAAAAGUUUCCACAUCGCAUGGGGCCAAUCAAUUUCGGAAGAGUACGAGUGGCUCUGAAUGAAUUCCAAAACCGGCAAGUUGCUGGUGAAACAGAUAAGGAAGCUUUUGAGUCUUUAUUUGGAAAAGAACAACCAGGUCGGGUUAGGUGCUAUGGAAGAUCUGUUACACGAAGUGACUUAAAAAAGCAUGUAGAAAUUUCUGAACUCAAGCAACAACACCAAGAGGAGGUCACAUCUUUGAAGGCUGAACUUGGAGACAUGAAGGCCAAACAGCAGCACCAAAAGGCUGACCUUCAUGGAUUGCAAAACAUGAUUAAGUUACUAGUUCAGCGAUCUGAACCUGGAAUGAGGCUGGAAGAAAUUGAAGCUUUGUUACAAGAUGCCCAACACUCUCCAAUUGAUGUAAAUAGCGCUCAUGGAUCAAUACAUAUUCCAGACAUAAAUAUGGUAUGA